GUAGGACUUUCAUCUAGAAACAUGUCAACAAAAUUUACAUUUCAGCAUUUAGAGGGAAAAAAGUUCAAUUCUCUGGAGAAUAAGGAGACACAAGAUUUGUUAAUGAAAUGGUCCAUGAAGGGCAGAAUCAAAGCACAAUGUUUCACAUUUGAUCAACAGUUUCAGUCUUACGAGAAAGACACAUUUGUUAAGGAUUUCUUUAGUGACCCCAUUGUUAAGUCAUCUCUACAGGUUGUUUCUGGUAGUGGCUCCUGGGUUCCUAUAGGUAUACAGCCUACAGGAUUUGAGAGUGAGCUUGUGUCAUGUAGUACUGUAUCUCUGACAUUCUUUGAUCGCCUCUGGGAACAUGACAUUGUGAGAGAGAACAAACAGAUACGCAAGUGUCUGGAUGAGUACUAUGAGGGAAUACAGAUCUCAGAUGAACUUAGGAAGAUGCUGCUAUUGGAAGACUCUGACAAUUAUGAUAUAUUCGAUGAAAAAGAGCGGGAAGAAUUUUUAUUUCUGUUGUUCAAACACAUCUGUAUAGAUCUCAUAAGUGUUCAAAAAGACCAGAAGACAAACCAGAUUGUAGUGACAUCUAUUAUUCUAAAAGUUACUUUAUCAGAUGACAAUGGCCCAUUCUUCCCUGCAGAUGAGGAGCAUGUGCAGAACUUUGCCUACCUUAUAGUGGACCCAAUACUUAGACAUGUAACCACAUUUUAUCAUAAAUUUGGCAGUGGGGAUCUCUCAUAACACAGGCAUUAAAGGGACAUGGGGCUAGAACAAUGGCCUAAAAGCUAGGGUUCAAGAGACACAAGCCCUAAGAGGACUUGCUCUUGGACCUUAAAGGAACUUGUUGCUACAAGACAGACAUUAAAGGGAUUUGGUGUUAGAACGCUGGCCUAAGAGAGACUUGAAACUCAAGCCUUAAAGGGGCUUACUCUUAGAACACAGGCCUAAAGGAAUUUACUGAUACAACACA